AUUCAUCUUUUCGGAAUUAUUAGAGAAUUAUAUUAGAUUUUGAAUAAUAUUUGCGAGAUUUAAUGCAAAAUUUAGGAAUGUGAAAGAAAUAUGAGUGAAUGUGCCUGUGGUAUCGUUACAAAUGGCCAUCAAACUGAUAUCGUUUUAAAACUUUAUAGCAAUCGGAUUCUGCUGAUCAUAACGCAUUUUAAAAAGUUUGGAACAUUAUUGACGGUAAAUCGCGAAUCCUCUGUGAACGGUUAUAAUAGCGACGUAUUUACAAUAAAGACAAUCUUUGGCAAUGAUAACAACGACGUUCAUGUAGCUGCCAGAUACAUAGCACAACAAAUUAACAUUGAAAAACCAUUACUGCUAUCAAUAGCACUAAAAGAUUAUGACUUAGAAACUUUGAAAUCUAUCGUCACUGUUGUAAAUCAAAUAAAACCAUGGUAAUGUAAUAUAAAUUGAAUCAUUAUGAGUUUAAUUUUCGGUCAACUUGUUAUCGGCCCGCCUGGUAGUGGGAAAACAACAUAUUGCAAUGCAAUGUCCAAAUUUUUAAAAUCCAUUGGAAGAAAAGUGGCUGUUAUUAAUAUUGAUCCAGCAAAUGAAAACAUGGAGUAUACACCAGCAGUAGAUAUAUCUGAAUUAGUUAAACAUGAUGAAGUCAUGACACAUUUUGAACUUGGACCAAAUGGAGCUUUGGUCCAUUGUAUGGAACUCCUAGAAACUGAAGUCGAAUGGCUCAUCGCAAAAGUUUUAAAUUUAAGCGAUUACUAUCUUAUUUUUGAUUGUCCCGGCCAAGUAGAAUUAUAUACGCAUCAUAAAUCAGUGAGCCAUAUAGUGGAAAAAUUGAGUCAAAAUUUAGUGAGAUUAUGUAGCGUUCAUCUCGUGGAUUCACAUCAUUGUAGUGAUCCUGGGAAAUAUCUGUCCUCUCUAAUUCUUUGCACAACAGUGAUGUUACAAAUAGGUUUGCCUCAUGUGAAUGUUAUGACCAAGUUCGAUGAAAUGAAAAAAUUCAACGAUUGCCUAGCGUUCAAUAUAGAUUUUUAUACAGAGGUAUUGGAUUUAAAAUAUCUCUUGGAACAAUUAGAUGAAAAUCCCUUUACUGCAAAAUACAAAAAACUUAAUACUUCGUUAGUAUCAAUAAUCGAAGACUAUAGUCUUGUUAGUUUCAUACCGUUAGAUAUUACCAACAAAGCAUUGUUGCUACAAGUAAAGAACGCAGUGGAUAAAGCCAAUGGGUAUAUUUUCGGUGGUAAUGAACCGCGAGACGUUCAAAUGUUACUCGCAUAUGCAGUAGGAGCGGUCAGCGAAAAUGAAAGAAUGUCAACAUUAGACGAAUAUUUAUGAAACAUUCUACAUUAUCUUGACAUCUAUAUUACAUUUAUCUUUAAGAAUAUCUUGAUAAUGUUUAUUAUGUUUAUAAACAAUAAAUGCUAAAUAUAAUUAAUAAAA